UAUGGCUGACUGUUAGGCUGACAAUUUUCCGUAGGUUGUUGGCACCAAAAAUUCCGGCGAGGAUGAAUUGCUAACGCAGUGAUAUUUAAGCUUGGGUGAAGGCUGUUUUGGAUGAGGGAACCCCUACCCUAAAAUCUGAAAUGUAGUGGUUUCUUGGGUGAGGUUUGUUCCCAGACAUCAUGUCCGCACCAUUGAAGAAGGCUUUGGUGAAUGGAGAGAGUGCAGGAGAUGCCCCAGACAGCACAACCAAGGAAAGAGUCAUGUUCAAUCCUGGUGAAGAAGUCCUUGUCAACCACAUGAACCGAUUUAUAUUCGGUUAUGUAGUUCAAGCUGAUUUGCCUGGAGAAAAAUGUCUAGUAAAAUAUGAUGAUGGCAAUGAAAAGUGGUGUUCCUUCAAAUAUGUAAGACGGCUGAUACCUGAGUCGACUGUAAAAUGUGUUGUUUGCAAAGAGUCAAGUAAUAAGACUGAAAACCAAGUUAUUGUCUGCGAUAAAUGUUUGCGUGGCUAUCAUAAAUUAUGUCAUCAGCCGAAUGUAACAGGUAGUACAAAUGGUUGGCUAUGCAAACAUUGUGAUGAAAAGAAAUCAUGGCCAAAAAAGACUGAUAUUGUAGAUGCCCAACCGCCGAAGCCACCGAAGCUGCCACCGUUACCAACAUCUGUCAGAGAAUUACCGUACAAGCUGGAUAGCUUACUAUGGGACACUCAGCACCAAACAAAUUCAACAGGCCAGUAUUGUUAUUGUGGUGGUGCCGGUGACUGGUUCCUGAAAAUGCUACAAUGCGGAAGGUGCAAACAGUGGUUUCAUGAGCGCUGUGUUCGAGCUUUAACAUGUCCCCUUUUUAUUGGUGACAGGUUCUUUAUAUUUGUUUGUGGCGCCUGCCAUAGAGGUGUUGAGAUCCUACGUAGAAUAGAGAUGACUUGGUCGGACCUUGUACAUUUAGCCCUAUUCAAUUUAACAGCAUACGAGUGUAGAAAGUACCAUGAUCUAGACAAUCUCAUGAAGUUUCUCCUUAGUAAUUGGUCAUCUUUACAGCUGCCACCAAAGAUGUUCUCUAGUUCAAGAGAAGAAAUUAGGGAAAAUGUAACGAAUGUGUUACAUUCAGAUAAGAAAAGAUUCAAAGAUGGUGUUAAACUAAAAAAACCAAAUAGUUGGGGAUUAUGCGAACGCAUACCGCCACCUGGACCUGUGUUCACUUUGUUGCCACAUCUACCUAUCUCUACGUAUAUGCCCAUCUCAGAUGUGACGUUAGCGGUUUGGUUGAAAGAUAAGGAGCUGAAGUUUUAUCCUUUACUAACAACACUGGAUCCCAAGUCAAUGAAACAACAUGGAUUUCCUCCUGCAGCAGGAAUCAAGCUUAUUCACAAAAACAAACGUCCCCUUGUUCUUCCCAAAGGAGUACCUGCAACUGGACACAAGGUGUGCAUAAAAAGUUCAGUCCCUUGCUAUCCAGAACCUGCUAAACUAGAGAAACGCAUCCGUGAACAAGAGCUUGCUUCUUUGAGACUUCGAGAGUACCGUGUUAGAAAAUCUCGGAAACCAACGAAAAGCUCGGAUACUGAGGAUGCUUCAUUGGAGCACAUAACUCCUCCAACGCCUCCACCAAGUGAAGAUACCCCACAACCAACACCACCAUCCAACUCGCCUGCUCCUGGUGCAACACCAUCAUGUGGCUCAGCUCCAAUGUCUAUUUCCUCCCAAACUUCAGACUGUGACUCAGCCUCUGCUUCCAAUGGCCAAGCUGAUAAAGUUAGACCUAUCACUUUGCCGUUGCCACUAACACCUGUGAUCACACAAUCAGUUCAACGUCCUCUUAAAAGGAAGCUAUGUGAAAAGGACAUACGGAUCAACCGAAAUGGUGAGGUGAAAAGGCGUAGAGUCAGACGGCAGUGCACUUUAUCUCCUGUCAAACAGCCUGUCAGUGUUUCUCAGCUGUCCAUUCCAAAUUCUAAGACGUCCAGCUCCCUAACUGCUACGCCUGUUCCGCACGUUCAUCCUUGUUCAUCAACCUCCGUAGCUAAUACCAGUAAUUGUCAAACAAUUUCUCCGAUGUCAUUGCACGAUCUCAAAUCAUCCGUCCAUAGUUAUUUUGGAGCGGCUAGUAGAAUUUCCUGUGGUGAAAAGUUCAUAGUUCGUGCUAAGCGAACCCUGGCUGAUGGGCGUACUCAAUACCUAAUACAAUGGAAUAACCGGCCAUUGACCUAAUGUACGUUGCUCCACUCUAGGAAUUUCUUUUUUCUUAUUUUUAAUCCUUUCACUCCUCAGAUCCUACUAAAGUCAGUUACCCGAUUUUGAGUUUCAAAGCUGCGUGGUUUUCAAGACAAAGUAACUUUUCCUAUUGGUAGUUUAAGGAAUCGGUCUCUAGGUGUUAAAAUUUUUUUCCCAUCGUUUUCCCGCUAAACCGUGCUAGUAAAAACCGGAA